AUGAAGCUCGAUAUCCCUGCGGCGGACCUCGCCUUUCUGGUGACAGUCCUGAAGGAAGUCAUAAAACAGCAUCUGAAAGGUGGCAAAGAGUACAAAGUCGCAUCCUUUUCGUUAUCGAACGACCAAGCCGAAAAGUACCAUGCCUUGAUCCCUCGCCUCGCCGACUUCUCCUUCGUUAAAGACCCCAAAGUUCCUGGCCGGAGCAACCUCCUUGUGUUGAUGCAGUCAGUGUCUACCUCCAAAGGCGAAAUAUACUUUAAUAAGCCACUUUUAGCCUCGGACCAGAACUUUAUGGUGCUCAUCUCGAACAAGAUAUUUUUACAAUACUUUGUCAUGCCCCCUAUGGUUGAAAACAUCAAAACGCAAGCCAAGCAGCAAGACAAAGUUGCCAACCAGAUCUCCAUCAAAUCGCUUCCCGAGCCUCACCUCUACCAGGUGUAUAACACCGAAGAUAUCAAACUCAAAAAAGAGCACGACCCUUGGGUUUCAUCAUUGACGGCCUCCGUCGAUACCAUGGAAAAAGCACUCUGUUUUUAUUUAGAUGCGCAGGCCGAUGUCACAUUCCUCGACUUCCGCGUAGACACAUGGGAUCAAAGCUGGCAGCAAUUCCAGGUUGAUGACAAGGAGAAGGUUACUCUGAACCAGAUCAAGGAGAAAAAGGGCAAAUCGACGAAAGCGGAAUGGUGGGAGUGGUUGAUCGCGUGUGUGUCCUGGAUCACGCUGGUCAUUGUCGGUGUUAUGUAUGCGGUCGUUGAGAGCAAGAAUGAGGACCUAGGUGGCACCUUCGUGAAGGCUGCACCGCUGGUAGUUCAGUGGCCCAACCAAAAGUAUGUCACCCUUAAGGGUAUGACUACACCUAACCAUGUUGUCCUCGAUCUGAAUGUUCAGUUCUGA